UUCCUCUUCAUUACAGAGAAACACUCGCUGUAUUACAUUUACACUGCUUUGUCCAAACCUGUGGAUCUGCCGGGCAUCUAUGACUUCACUGCUAUGGGUCUGCUAGACAACACACAGAUCGACUAUUACAAUAGUAAAGACAAGAGAAAGAUUCCCACACAGGACUGGAUGAAGGAGAAAAUGCAGGAGGAUUACUGGGAAAAAGGCACUCAGUCAAGAAAGAGCAAAGAACAGUGGUUUAACGUCAAUAUCAAGAUUCUGAUGGAGCGCAUGAGACACAAUGAUUCAGAUCUUCAUGUUCUUCAGUGGAGACACGGUUGUGAAGUUGAGCAGCAGGGAAGUGAAGUGAAGUUUCUCAAAGGUGUUUCUGAGUACGGCUACGAUGGAGAAAACUUCCUGUCUUUUGAUGAUAGAGAGUCCCAAUGGGUCGCCCCAGUUUACGCAGCUCGACCAACCAAGGCAAAAUGGGACAAUGUGCCGAUCCUAAACCAAUACAUCAAAGGUUACCUGGAGAAAGAGUGUGUGGACUGGCUCAACAAAUUCAGAGAAUAUAGAGACGAGUUUAGAAACGCACUUCCUCCAGAUGUAUAUUUGUUUAUAAGGUCUUCCAGUGACGAAACCAAGCUGAUACUGACCUGUCUGGCCACCGGCUUCUACCCCAAAGACGUGAUGAUGACCUUUAGGAAAUAUCACACACCUCUGCGUUAUGAUGAGAUUGAAUCCUCAGGAGUCAGACCAAACCAUGAUGGAUCCUAUCAGCUGAGGAAGAGUGUGGAGAUCAAGAAGGAGGAAAGAGAUGAAUAUGAUUGUCUUGUGUCCCACAGGAGCAUCAAAGAACCAAUAACUGCCAAACUAGAUGCUGAAUCACUGAAUCCCAGUACAGCUAAUACUGAAGAUCCUUUGCCUGAGCAAGAGUCUGAUGGACAAGCGAGUUCUGCUGAAACAUCACACAGCAGCACAACUGUUUCCAUGUUUUAUCUCUCGCUCAUACUUCAUUUGAUCUGGAUAUUUUGA